AUGAAAAAAACUCAGGUAAAGAAGGUGCUUCGAAAGUUUCAAGAUGUUCAGAAAGAUGUCGUUCCACAAGCUGCAGAGAUCACCGCCUAUCGACAUAAGGGAGCCCUGUUCGAUAUCCUCUUGAACUUGUCAAAAAAAAGGCUUGAUCUGGAUGGUCGUCAAGUAUUGGAAAAACGCAUUUUUGAACGAUGGUUGGAUGACGGGCAAGAUGGGACAUACUCUAAGGAGUUCGUCUUGGCAUCUGCAGCAUCAGCCUCUGAAUUCACAAAUAUCGUUCAAUAUGUUACUAAGUUGACGAACGUGGCCACGUUCAUCAUCAUUAUUUAUCUUUCAUUAAUUGAAGAUUAUAACGAAGAAGCAUUAGCACCCGGAGCUCUCGAGAAACUCAUGGGCUUCUACAGGACGCUAUGGAUAGAUAUCGAUCAGAGUAGUCCAGAAUUCAUGAAAGAAAACCCUUGGACGAUGAAACUGUCGGAAAUAUUAAAGGUGGACUCAUCGAAGCCAGUGAGGGGUCGGUUUAUUCUAGACAAGGAAGCCUCUUGCUCUAGAGCCUUUCAUAUUUUCGAUUAUUGGUUAUUCAAGAGUGGCAAAAGUUUGAGAGGUGGGGUCUCAAGUGUUCGAAGGGAUUAUGAUGCACUGUUAGUUAAAUUAAUCGAAGUCAUGAUCUUUCAUUCUAAUUAUCAAACAAUCCGUCACAAGCUGGCAUCAGCUGGACCACUUGUUCGCAGGAAGAGGAAGAAAGCUUCACUCUCCAGCCCCCCCAAAAAACACGUUUCUCGUGCACUCGAAUAA